CCUCUGGCUUCACAAAUGACAGCCCGACUAUUGCAACCACAGAGAAUUCCACCUUGAAAGUGUCUUCUCCAUCUGUUCCCACCAGUGGAUCCCCCCAGGAAACUACAACACCAGUGACCCCUGGAAGUACCACCCCCCACCAUGGCUCGGUGGGCAGCACAGGGACCAUAACUACCAUCUCAGGAACUACAGUCAACUUCACGUCUACCUCUGAAACCACUCUGGUCCCUGAACCCACAAACUCUUCCAUCCCAUCACAGACCUCCCUAAACACCACGGUGCUUACCACCACGGUGUUCACUACCACAGGAAAUGCUUCAGCUUCAAAUGUGACCUUGAGGUCUAGCACGCCAUCUGUCAAUGUUUCCAAUGAAACCACCACCACCAGCCCUGUGAUGACAUCACCCACCAAACUCUACACAUCUUCUCCUGCCCCAAGUGCCAUCAAGGGAGAAAUCAAAUGUGCAGGAAUUAAAGAAGUGAAACUGACUCAUAGUAUCUGCCUGGAGCUAAACAAGACCUCCAGCUGUGAGGACUUUAAGAAAGACAGAGGAGAGGACCUGAUCCCAAUACUGUGCGGGAAGGGGGAGGCUGACGCCACAGCUGUGAACGCCACAUGCUCCUUGCUCCUUGCCCAGUCAGAGGUGAAGCCACAGUGUCUGCUGGUGGUCUUGGCCAACAGCACAGAACUUUCCAGAAAAUUCGAUCUUUUGAAAAAGCACCAGUCUGACCUGGAAAAGCUGGGAAUCCAAAGUUUCAGCAAACAAGAUGUUGGGAGCCACCAGAGUUAUUCCCGAAAGACCCUGAUUGCAUUGGUCACCUCAGGAAUCCUGCUGGCGAUCCUGGGCACCACUGGCUAUUUCCUGAUGAACCGCCGCAGCUGGAGCCCCACAGGAGAAAGGCUGGGUGAAGACCCUUAUUACACGGAGAACAGUGGAGGCCAGGGCUAUAGCUCAGGCCCUGGGGCCUCCUCUGAGGCUCAGGGAAAGGCCAGUGUGAACCGAGGGGCUCAGGAGAACGGGACCGGCCAGGCCACCUCCAGAAACGGCCAUUCAGCAAGACAACACGUGGCUGAUACCGAAUUGUGACUUGGCUGGGUGGGGUGAGACGGGCGGUGUCCGAGAAAGCAGCCCUCCCUACCUCUGACUGUGAGCUGCCUCCGUGAUGGAGGUGAUGUCCCUCGCGUCCUACCUUCUCCCAUUGCACAUGCCGCAGACGCCACCCCUGGGGCCUGCCACCUUGCAGGGAGGCAGGUAUACCCCAGCCCUCUGUACCUUUAUCUCUCCAAACCCAGACUCCAGGCUUCUUUAGAUUCAGGUGCGGGGAAAAGCCAGGGUCCAGAGGAGCUGCCAUGGAGGCUGUGGGCCCAGCAGCUGCCAUGUUGGAAUCGUGAGCUCCUGACCUCCUUCCCUCCUUACUACAAGAACCCAAGGGGGAGGGGUGGUCUUUCCUAAGCCCCAGCGUUCUCCCAAGAGGCUUUGCUUUUAUUGUUUCUGCUUCCGUUUUCCUUCUGUACUUUAGGGAAACCAAAGUAAUGCCUUGAGCUUGCUCCCUUUGAAUAAUGUAGCCAGAAAACAUGUUUUAUAAGCCAUUUCCAUUGUCCCUCCUCCAAGACACUGCAGAUUUGGUCACCAGCUCCCCACAUUCUGUCCGAAUUCCACCGAGCGCCACAGGAGCCCCAUCCCAUACCGAAGAGUCCGGCACAGUGUUCUGGCUGGAGCCUGGCCUUGUGCUCGGCGUGUUAGAACAAACUGCACAGCCUGGUCUCUAGGCCACUCAAACUGAGCUUGGGUCACAGGACAGGGUCUUGAAGCAGAGCCUCCUGCCCAGUGCUCUUCUGAGGCACCCUCUCACACUACGGCAGGAUCCUGGCCUGCUCCUCUGACCACCAUGGCCUGCCCCUUCUUCCCCUGCUCCCAGUAGAGCUGAGGCCUCAGAGUCCCCAAGUAGACCCCAUCUCUGCCUUCCCAACUAUGAACCCCUUCCCUGCACUGCACCCCUUGUGGUCACAGCCCAAGGACAUCUCCCCCAGGACCAGAAGCUUUCUCCUCUGGGGUAAUGCUGGCCUUAUCAUUUCUUCUAGAGGGAUGAGCAGGGGUCCUGAUUUCAAUGACGAUUGGAAAUAGAAAUUUCCAGAGAUGAGAAGAUCGAGGUUUUUUUAUGAAUAAAAAAAUGGGUGUGUGUAAAUAUUGUAAUUAAAAUGAUACUGAAACAUG